AGCACUGUUUGCUCUUUCUAGCCACCCAAAUGAUGCCCCCCGACCACCCCGAUAAGACAUGGAUCGACGUCGAUGACUCGCACCAGGAGGACUACGCCAGCGACAGCCACUCCUUCACCACCUCCCUUGCCUCCUCCGUCCAGGACUACAAUUUCGAGAACGGCCGCCGCUACCAUGCCUACCGGGAAGGCGAAUACCCGUUCCCCAACGAUGAAGCCGAGCAGGACCGUCUCGACAUGGUCCACUACAUCUUCCGCAUGGCCUUGCAGGGGAAGCUCUACCAAGCCCCGUUGCGCGGACCCGUGCGACGCAUCCUCGACCUCGGCACGGGCACGGGGAUCUGGGCCGUGGAGAUCGCAGACGAGAUGCCGCAGGCCCGCGUGCUGGGGAAUGAUCUGAGUCCGAUCCAACCUACCUGUGUGCCCCCCAACCUCGACUUCAUCAUCGACGACAUCGAAGCCCCCUGGCCCUACUCCCCCGCCGAGGCGUUCGACUUCAUCCACCAGCGCAACAUGGUCGGCUCCAUCGCCGACUGGAACGGCCUCUUCGCCCAGGCGCACCGGCACCUCGUGCCCGGCGGAUACUACGAGAUCCAGGAGUUCCGGGUGGACUUCCAGUCCCAGGCGCGCGCAGGGCCCACUCUCCCCGCGAGCGCCAGCAUCGCGCGGUGGCAGCAUUCUCUUCAGGAGGCGUCGAGCCGCUUCGGCAAGCCCCUCAACGUCGUGCACACGCUGGCCGACACGCUGCGCCGCAACGCCUUCGUCGACGUCACCGAGGAGGUCGUCAAGAUCCCCAUCGGCGCGUGGGCCCGCGACCACAAGCUCAAGCGGCUGGGCGUCCUCAUGCAGGCCCACGCGAUCGACUCGGUCGAACCCCUGACCAUGGCGCUUUUCACCAGGGUGCUGGGCUGGUCGGAGGACGAGUGUCGCGCGCUGAUCGCCGAGGUGCAGGCUGAGUUCUCGGCCAGUCCCGAGCGCCAGCAGUUGUUUGUUGAGCUGCAUGUUAUCCAUGGGCGGACGCCGUGUUCGUGAUGAUGCAGUGGUGUGGCGGUUAUGAAUUGCUGCUUUGGAGAGACAGUCUGGUUAUGGGUGAUAUUGGCUUGGUUUGGGAUGCAUUGUGAUUUAGCCUGUUGUCGAUGCUCUCAGAAGACAUUUCAAGGCCUACAGGCUGAUUUCGCGCG